GCCUCGUGUGGAGCAUGCGCACCAGACAGACGGUUUGAUCCGCUCAAGCGAGAGAGAAGUUUUCAGUGGGAUUUAUGGCCAGGAUUGGGGGCUGAGGACUGAGUUCUUCACGUUUUAAUGGUUUAAAACAAAAUCAAGGCUGAAGUUGUACAGGUUGUUUUGGGACACGGUUAAGAGUAUAGGUUUUAAAAUGGGUCCGACAGUUCAGUAUGAGACAGAAACAGGAGCCAGAGCAGCUUCUCUAGAGGCUGAGCUCAGAGAGACGCUGCAAAAGAGGAUCAUGGUCCUGGACGGGGGAAUGGGUACCAUGAUUCAGCAGAGGAACCUACAGGAAGAUGACUUCCGAGGUCAGGAGUUCCAGGAUCAUCCACGAAGCCUAAAAGGCAACAAUGAUCUGCUGAGCAUCACCAAGCCCGAGGUCAUCUAUGCUAUCCACAAGGAGUACCUGCUUGCUGGAGCAGAUAUCGUCGAGACCAACACGUUCAGCGGUACACGGGUUGCUCAGGCGGACUACGGGCUUGAAGAGCUGGCCUAUCGGCUUAACAAGGUGUCGGCAGAAUUAGCCCGGAAGGCUGCUGAUGAAGUUUCUGCCCAGACAGGUGUUAAGCGGUACGUGGCUGGAGCUGUAGGGCCGACCAACAGAACCCUCUCUGUCUCGCCAUCAGUGGAAAGACCAGACUUCAGAAACAUCACAUUUGAUGAACUGGUUGAGGCGUACUCGGAGCAGGUUCAAGGGCUGCUGGAUGGAGGCUCUGAUAUCCUGCUGGUGGAAACGAUCUUUGAUACCGCUAAUGCAAAGGCUGCUCUGUUUGCUAUCGAUAAACUGUUUGAGGAGUCGUAUGAACCCAGACCCAUAUUUAUCUCUGGAACAAUUGUGGACAAGAGUGGACGGACACUGUCAGGCCAGACAGGAGAGGCUUUUGUCAUCAGCGUGUCUCAUGUAAAGCCACUCUGUAUUGGUUUGAACUGUGCUCUGGGAGCCACUGAAAUGAGGCCAUUCAUCGAAACGAUCGGAAAGAGCACCGGGGCUUUCAUCAUAUGUUACCCCAACGCAGGUCUCCCCAACACAUUUGGAGGCUAUGAUGAGACCCCAGAUUGCACUGCUACAUGUUUAAAGGAGUUUGCGACAGACGGUUUGGUGAAUAUCGUUGGUGGCUGCUGUGGAACGACGCCAGACCACAUACGAGCGAUCGCUGAGAGUGUGAAACAAUGCCAGCCCAGAGUUCCCCCGACUGACGUGUUCAACGAUUACAUGCUGCUCUCUGGUCUGGAGCCAUUUCGAGUCGGGCCGUACACCAACUUUGUAAACAUCGGUGAGCGCUGCAACGUGGCUGGGUCACGCAAGUUCGCCAAACUCAUCAUGGCUGGGAAUUAUGAGGAGGCAUUGAGUAUAGCUAAAGCACAAGUGGAAAUGGGUGCUCAGGUCCUGGAUAUCAACAUGGAUGAGGGGAUGCUGGAGGGACCCGUUGCCAUGGCGCGCUUCUGCAACCUCAUUGCCUCUGAGCCCGACAUUGCCAAAGUGCCGCUGUGUAUCGACUCGUCCAACUUUGCGGUGAUCGAAGCAGGUCUGAAGUGCUGCCAGGGCAAAUGCAUCGUCAACAGCAUCAGCCUGAAAGAGGGAGAAGAAGCCUUCCUCAGACACGCCAAACAAGUGCAUCGCUACGGAGCCGCCGUGGUCAUUAUGGCCUUUGAUGAAGAAGGGCAGGCUACUGAAAUUGAUCAGAAAGUCCAGAUCUGCAAAAGAGCUUAUCACCUCCUUACGGAAAAGGUGGGCUUUAACCCCAACGAUAUCAUCUUCGACCCCAACAUCCUGACCAUCGGUACCGGCAUGGAGGAACACAACAUGUAUGCUAUCAACUUUAUCAAAGCCACACGGAUUAUAAAGGAAACUUUGCCUGGUGCCCGGGUCAGUGGAGGUCUAUCUAACUUGUCCUUCUCUUUCCGAGGCAUGGAUGCCAUCAGAGAGGCCAUGCAUGGAGUAUUCCUCUACCACGCUAUAAAGUGUAUGUUUGCAUGCCUGUUGCGCCCCCUGCAGGAAGGGAUGGACAUGGGGAUUGUUAAUGCAGGUUCUCUGCCUGUGUAUGACGACGUUGAUAAAGAGCUGCUCAUGCUGUGUGAAAAUCUCAUCUGGAACCGAGACCCAGAGGCCACAGAAAAGCUCCUCCUGUAUGCUCAGAACAAUGCUAAAGGAGGGAAGAAGGUGAUUCAGACAGAUGAGUGGAGAAAAGGAAGUGUGGAGGAGAGAUUGGAGUAUGCACUUGUCAAGGGUAUAGAGAAGUUUAUAGUGGAGGACACAGAGGAGGCUCGAGCUCAGACAGAUCGUUAUACCCGACCACUCCACAUCAUCGAGGGGCCGCUCAUGAAUGGCAUGAAGACUGUGGGAGAUCUAUUUGGAACUGGCAAGAUGUUCCUGCCACAGGUGAUAAAAUCAGCCCGUGUAAUGAAGAAAGCUGUGGCCUAUCUGAUUCCCUUUAUGGAGAAAGAGAGGGAGGAGAUGAUGGCUACAACUGGAGUGCCUGAUGACUCGGAUCCUUAUCAGGGCACGAUUGUUCUGGCAACAGUAAAGGGAGACGUCCAUGACAUCGGCAAGAACAUCGUGGGUGUUGUGUUGGGAUGCAACAACUUUCGGGUGAUUGAUUUAGGAGUGAUGAUUCCAUGUGAUCAGAUCCUGAAGGAGGCCAUUGACAAAAAAGCAGAUAUUAUUGGUUUGUCAGGCCUCAUCACGCCGUCCCUUGAUGAGAUGAUUCAUGUAGCAAAGGAGAUGGAACGUCUGGGCAUGAAAACCCCUCUGCUGAUCGGAGGAGCCACAACAUCAAAGACUCACACAGCAGUAAAGAUUGCUCCUCGAUACACCGCUCCUGUUGUUCAUGUUCUCGAUGCGUCUCGUAGUGUUGUCGUGUGUUCACAGCUGUUGGAUGAAGUGGUGAAUGAAGAUUUCUUCGAGGAGGUCACAGAGGAGUAUGAAGAGAUCAGGCAGGAUCACUACGACUCUCUUAAGGAUAGGCAAUACCUGUCUCUCGCACAUGCACGGGAAAAAGGUCUACACAUCGACUGGGACUUACUGCCACCACCAGUUCAGCCACAGUUCCUGGGCACGCAUGUGUUCGAUGCCUAUGACCUGAGGAAGCUGGUGGAAUUCAUUGACUGGAAGCCUUUCUUCGAUGUGUGGCAGCUGAGGGGGAAAUACCCCAACCGGGGGUACCCCAAAAUCUUUAAUGAUAAAACUGUGGGGGAUGAGGCCAGACGUGUCUUUGACGAUGCUCUGAGGCUUCUGAACAGGCUGAUUGACAGUAAGGGUCUGCAAGCAAGAGGAAUUGUGGGCUUUUGGCGUGCACAAAGCCACGGAGAUGACGUUCUUGUAUACGCUGAUGAUGUCACGCCAACCUUAUCUAACCACACUGCUACCUUCCAUGGGCUUAGACAGCAGGCAGAGAAGGACUCUGCAAGUUCGGAUCCGUACCUGUGUGUGUCCGAUUUUGUUGCUCCACUGGAAAGCAGAGUGCAGGACUAUGUGGGUCUCUUUGCUGUUGCUGUGUUUGGUGCUGAAAAGCUCAGUCAAGAUUUUGAGCGGCAAGGCGAUGAUUACAACAGCAUCAUGGUGAAAGCUCUCGCUGACAGACUCGCAGAGGCGUUUGCUGAGGAGCUCCAUGCCCAUGUGAGGAGGGAGUUAUGGGGUUACAGUGAGGAGGGAGAUCUGCUGGCCAGCGACCUGCACAAGCUGCGUUACUCUGGCAUUCGGCCUGCUCCAGGCUAUCCUAGCCAGCCUGACCAUACCGAGAAACACACCAUGUGGAGACUCGCCCAAAUUCAGGAGAAAACCGGUAUUGGUCUGACUGAAUCACUUGCCAUGACUCCAGCUGCAGCUGUAUCUGGUCUCUACUUCUCCAACCCCAAAUCCACCUACUUUGCCAUCGGGAAGAUCACCAAAGAGCAGGUGGAAGAUUAUGCCAGGAGAAAGGAGAUUUCUUUGACUGAGGCAGAGAAAUGGUUGGCACCCAACCUGGCCUACGAUACGGACUAAACCACAUAACUGCCUGACCACAAAGUCAGCACUUGACCAGAAUGGUUCAUCGCUUGUGGCUUCAAUUGUGGACCCUGACACUACUUUUUUACAAUAGUGGCAAACUAUUGUUUUAUUUAUUUUUAACAAUAACUUUGUGUGUCUUGCUGCUGUAAAUUAUAUUUUUUCUGCAUUUUAAAUCUUUACAUUUCUGGUAAAAUUACACCUUAAAUAUAAGGUAUUUCAAAGAAAAUUAUAAUAAUUGAAUGCACUAUCUAAAUGCAAAAGCGUGAGAUGGCUUACUAAGGGAAAGGUUUUCCAAAGUCGUCCCUUUUGAAGGGAUUGUCCCAGAAUAUGUUUUUAACAAUCUGUCCAGCGCCUUUCACCCAAUGUGUGCUGGGAUAGGCUCCAGCAGAUCCCUGUGACCCUAAUUAAGAAUAAAGCGGGUAUAGACAAUGGACGGAGGGAUGUUUUUAACACAAGUGAUUUUUUUCACUUAAUGGUUUCAGAUUAUCUAAAUAAACAUGUCUUUUAAAAAAAGUAUCUGUCUUAAUAGUAAACAAGCUGUCUUAGAAUAAAAUACCAGAAAGAAAUUUUUAAGCUUUUAAAUUAAAAGUCAUAAUUGUCUCCUGUCUCUUGCUUUUCUCCCAGUGAACAUCACAAGAGUUUGUUGGAUAGCGUGCAGUGUGCAUUUACAUUCACUAAUCCAACACACUUUAGAGAUUUCCUUGCUCUAACCCAGCUGAUUCAACUCCAUUAGCAAUUAAUUAGCUCCAGGAGCUCAGCUGGGCUUAUGCCAAUUUAAUUUACAGACCCACUGCACAUGCCACCAUCCUACACGCAAACACCUACACACACAUUGUAAUAAAUGUUUCCUUCACACCGCUGAGGUGUUCUUGGAUCAUUUUUCUUCCUUUAUAUGUUUUAUGUAAAAAAAAAAAAAAGUUUUGGAGGAUUUUCACCAUCACUAUCACUGCCCGGUUUGGAUGCAGGGUAGGAAGAGGACUGUGUGUGUAAUGUAAUCUACAAAUCUGAGCACAAUAUGUUUAACAUUGUGGAAUUGUUAAGUUUUUAUUCCAAUAAUAUGAUGAUAAAAGUAUAUUAUCAGUGUGAAGCACUUAACUCAAAGCUAAAGAUGCCAUGUAACUGCUGGUACCAUCAGAUGUAUUCAAUAAUAAUAAAAUUAUAUUUUGUCAGUGAA